AGGUUUUAUAUGAACGGCUCUGCGUCUGCUGUACGCGUUUUAUAUUAGUUUCAGACAUAUAUUGCCUAUUCCAUAUAAUAUCGGUUCACUGCGGUUAAAUAACCCGUAAAAAUAAACGCUGUGGAACUAUUGUACGUGGCGGCAGGAUAUGCGGUGUAAGCCCAGUUUGUCAUUUUUAUCUCGGAAGCCAUGAUGGAAGUUUGAGAGUUUAAAUGGAGUGAACGGAAAAAGGAAGGAAAAUCUUAGAGAAAUAAAACAAAGAUACUUUUAAAACAUAUAGAUUUUAAGGUGGGCGGUCAGCUCCCCCUGUAUCGAUUAGUAUUUUGACGAGGAGUAUUGUGAGCGCGGAGGGUUUUGUGGGGUUUUAAUAUAUAUGUGUGUAUGUGUGUCACAAUUUUUUGGUUUUGGAAGCGCUGGAGAGGUUUUUCUCUCCGCUUUUUUCGCCAUAAUCACGGCGGCGGCUGUAGAUUCAGAGACUUGGGCCGUUUUUAAAACGUUACGUUUCGGGAAUUGGACGAAUAUAAACCUUUUCGCUUGGGAGAUUGUGAGAGAAAUUGCGGGUUUGUGGAAGCCGGGCCUCUGGCGGAGCAGAGUAAGGCCCUUCUGUGUGAGCCAGCAACAGCCAUUCUAAUCCAGCUAGCGACGAAAGAGAGAUAGAGAAGGGGAGCCGCAAAAAAUCAGAGCAAAAGGGAGACGCAAGGACAUAAUCCUUUCCAAUCAAGGAGCCAACAGUACUUUAUCAAUAAAAUCACCCAACAGACUAUCAUGGCAAUGGCUGGGAUCAUCAAAGAAAUCGUUAGCAGAAACAAAAGGAGAUACCAGGAAGAUGGAUUCGACUUGGACUUGACUUAUAUUUAUCCUAACAUUAUUGCCAUGGGGUUUCCUGCCGAAAGACUUGAAGGUGUCUACAGAAACAACAUAGAUGACGUAGUACGGUUUCUGGAUUCAAAACAUAAAGAUCAUUACAAGAUAUAUAAUCUAUGUGCAGAAAGACAUUAUGAUGCUAACAAAUUUAACUGCAGAGUUGCACAGUACCCCUUUGAAGACCACAAUCCACCCCAGCUAGAGCUUAUUAAACCUUUUUGUGAAGAUCUUGACCAAUGGCUGAGUGAAGAUGACAAUCAUGUUGCAGCAAUUCACUGUAAAGCUGGAAAGGGACGAACGGGUGUAAUGAUAUGUGCUUAUUUGCUACACCGAGGCAAAUUCCUAAAAGCACAAGAAGCACUAGAUUUUUACGGUGAAGUGAGGACCAGAGACAAAAAGGGAGUGACAAUUCCCAGUCAGAGGCGUUAUGUAUAUUACUACAGCUUCCUGUUGAAAAACAAGUUGGACUACAAACCAGUGGCAUUGUUAUUUCACAAGAUGGUGUUUGAAACUGUACCCAUGUUCAGUGGCGGAACAUGCAAUCCUCUGUUUGUGGUUUAUCAGCUUAAAGUGAAGAUCCACACCUCAAAUCCAGCACACACAAGACGUGAAGAUAAGUACAUGGUUUUCGAGUUUCCACAGCCAUUACCAGUGUGUGGCGACAUCAAGGUGGAGUUUUUCAACAAACAGAACAAGAUGAUGAAAAAGGAUAAAAUGUUUCACUUCUGGGUCAACACAUUCUUCAUCCCUGGACCCGAACACAAUUCGGAGAAAGUAGAAAAUGGAAGCUUACUUGGAGUAAAAGAACUUGAUGGAAUUCAGAGUACAGAACGAGAAGACGACAAGGAGUAUCUCAUCCUCUCAUUGACGAAAAAUGAUCUAGACAAAGCAAAUAAAGACAAAGCCAACAGAUCCUUCUCUCCAAACUUCAAGGUGAAGUUGUAUUUUACAAAAACAGUGGAGGAGUCGUCAAAUUCAGAGGCCAGCACAUCAACUUCAGUAACACCGGACGUUAGUGACAAUGAACCUGAUCACUAUAGAUACUCGGACACCACUGACUCUGAUCCAGAAAAUGAACCUUUUGAUGAAGAUAGACAUACUCAGAUAACAAAAGUCUGAAAUAUUUUUAUGGAGGGGGGGGACUAAAAACCACAAGAGAAAAGGAAAAAAAACUUGAAUAUAAACUGAAAAGCAAGUACCUUUUUAAAAUGGCAAUAGGACAUUGUGUUGAGUAAAAUGCUAUCAAUUAUAGGAACAAUUCUUUUCCUGACCAAUUUUGUCUUGCCCCAUACAUCCACAAGGUUUUGACACUGUUAUCCAGUGGAAAAAGGCUGCGUAAUGUUAUGUAUAAAACUUUUUUGUCAAAAGAACAGUUGAAAAAGAAACUCAAAUCCGGAGAUAAGACGGCACUUUCCCAUUUAAUUCCAAUUUUAUUAGGUGGAGACAGUUCUGGUGUGUACAUAAGAUCUUUCCUUUUGUGUUCCGUCACCAACUGUAGGUGCUAAAAUGCUAACAAGGGUUCAUAUCCUAACCCACUUCAUUCCCACACAACACAAACGACAAUGUUACGGUUGGCUAGAAGAAUUGCUGAAAAGGUUUGCUGCAUUUAAUAGAAGCAAUUUGUGUAAGGGAUGGCAAGAGCACAUUUAGAAAGUGUGGGGAGGAGGGUUUGGGAAUGGUCUUUGCUGGUUUAUGCACCACCUCAAGCUGCAGAAAUGCACCUUUCUAGCUUGUGACGGUAGUGAAUCCUUGGAUGAUUAUGGAAUCAGCUGCUGCUUUUUGUUUUGUGCUUUUUUUUUCUUUUUUUCCAAAAAGCAUAAGGGUGCUAGAAAAGGCAGCUAGACGGAGCGAUUCUUUUUAAAUGGAGGGGUGGAGGAGGGGGGGAAUAAAAAUUUAAGAAAUGCUGCUCCAUCUACAGUGUAAAACCAAGGCCAGUGCUUUUGUCAGUCAUGGUUUUAUAUUCUUUUUCCGCCCAGUUUUACCUACUGUGAAUGCUUAAUGUGCUCUUUGCAGGCUGUUUUUCAUAAUGUGUAAUUAUGCAGUAGAAACUGCAUGUUGAAAUUCUAGUCUAGCAGUUUUUUUUUUUUUUUUUUUUUUUUUUUUGGCUUUAUGGCAUCUAAACAUUUUCCAUUCCUUCUACCACUGUGUAUUCUGUUAAGUAUGCAGGAAAACAGUAUCCCAUGUAAUUGUCAAUGUGUUAUUUUUUUAAUAAUAAAAUGAUACACAAAACAGCAGGGAAACCCAGUGUUGCAAUAAUGUUAACACUAUUAAUUUGAAAAGGCUAAUUGUAUGUUAUUGGCAUUAGUGUCCAUGUCCUUUUUUCUAUUUAAUAUACAUUGUUCUAAAUAGAUUUCUAAUCUGUCAUUUGAACUGUAUUAAGCCAGAAGUUCAUUCAAAAAUACCGUUAACAAGUUCCAUGGUGUCUGGCAGAUAUGGUAGAGUAGGACAGUCAAAUCCUAAUAGGAUUGCACUAUGUAAUAAGGGAGUUUCACUGUUCUCCUUGGUUAAUAAUAAACUGAGGAUGUGCUCAAUGUUCAGUGUUCAUCUUAUGAAAAUUAACCUUAUUGGGGUUUACAGUAUCAAUAGGUAACUACUUCAGGCAAAGGGCAAAUUAACCUUGGAUCUGAUUUAGCUACUCUGGGAUUUCAGAUGUUUGGCUCCCAGUCAACUGUUUGUAGCCUUAUUGUGUAAGGUCUAACUAGAACUAGAUCAUUUUGUAUAUCAAACAAUGGUGCUUACAAACUGCCAAACACCAAAUGUUAAAUAGCUAAUAAACAGGAGCCAAGAAUCUCUGCCCAACAUACAACGCAAGUAGCAUUAGUGACACACGCGUGUGUGAGAGGGAGAAAGAUGUCACUAGAAGUACAAUGUGCUCCUUGCUUGUAAUUGUACAAUCCAAAAAGUAGGUGUCUGUGACAAUGAAUAGGUUUUAACUUGUUCUCAGUCAGUUUGGAGUGGGGUAGUACAAGUGUAGGUUUCAGGAAGUCUCUUGCUUUAUACAUGCCCUUUUAUGAUCAUUUCAUACAUAUAUAUAAUAUAUAUACACACACACACACACUAGAACCGAAAUCAGGAUGUCUCGCCUAUUAGUAUGCAGGACAGACCAAAAACACUUUCUUGGGCAGCAAUAUUUGGCGAGUGGUACAGGCUGCCUUUUGCACUACUAAAUGUGACUGCUGUGUUGAACUGUCCCUGCUUUAUACAACUCUACGUGCUCUUCCCUGGGUAUUUAUGAGUGAGGAGUGUAUUUAUUUAGAUAAGAGCAAAUAUAAUUGACUCGAGCCAACCCUUUAAUAUUUAACAUUUAAGAUUUUUUUUUAUUGUGUACAUCUUCCAACACAACCUGCCAAAAUGCCAAUGUGCAUAUUCAUAAUUUUUGUUUGUUUUUGUACUGUAAUUGUUCAGCCCCCCCCCCUUUUUUUUCCCCUUACAAACUAGAGAAAUCAUGGAAUGUUUUUUGGGAUGGCCUACUGGACAUUUCCCUUGCCUUUUACAUGUUGAUGGUGCUUUACACUUCUACUGCUUUGGAACUGAUCUACCUUUCUGCACAAGCAUGACCGAAAUAAUGUUUUGGAUGCUAUUGACUGGGUUAAGGUCACUACAUAUUCUUAAAAGCUUUUGCACUGUGCCAGGUUUUGAGGAUCUCAGUCAGGGGUCCAUAAGUGAGAAUGUCACUUAAAAUUGUCCAACAGGCCUUGUCACAUGGUGGAACAAAAUGGAAUUGGUGCAUCACCCCUCCCCCCUCUCCUCCAUCCACUGUUUUUAUAUAGUCUUGGUGAACAUUACUCAACCCCCCCCCCCCCACACACAGAACCAAAUGCCUUUUUCUUUGACUGUUUUUCUUUUUAUUUACUCAGCAGUAUUCAUGGUAUUCUGGUAAAUGCAUUCUGUAGGUAUUCUUUCUCUUCACAUCAGUUUCUGGACUGUACUCUUAAUACUUUUGGAUCUUCAGCAGCUUAAAUAUAUGAAACUGUUCAAUGGCAUCACUGUUAAGGAGCUUACUGCUGGGUCCCAGGCCAUCCCUAAUCAUCUGUAGCCCCACUUCAGAAAGAUUUGCCGCAGUACCUUAAGAGAAGAAAACAGAAAAUAAAACUCUUAACAGCCUUAGAGGCCAUUAACUGUGGCACAGGUUAUAAAACUCGAGUGGAGUUCACAGGCAGCAUCACAAUUAAGUUUCAGCUUUAAAAUAUUCAUCAAGGUGCCAGUGUUCACGUUUUCAUGUCACUAGUUUCCAGCAGAUUUGUGCAAUAUGUUUUAACAAUGCCUGUGGUUGCCACAAAGUGCCUCUUGUUUACUGUUAAAAAAUACUGUUAAAAUACUGUUAUGCAUGCAGAUGGACAGGGUGGAACUGCACUAAAUUAAAGGGGCUUUAACUGCAGUGUUGGGCAGAGCUGCCUGCUGCUCUGCCCAUUCAAUUUUGGGUUUCUUUUCAUGUAGAGUAUGUAUACUCAAUAUAUUUUCAGUCUGUUAUAAUAAUAAUAAUAAAAAAAAAAAGCCUUAUUCCAUUUCAGCCUGUUCUGAAUACUAUUGUGCUGUGCAACAGUCGCUCUGUGUAAUGCUAUGCACUGAGAAUACACAACCAACAAACAGAUGUAUAAAAUUGUGUAAUGAUGCUCAUACAAGUCGGAUGUCCAUUUGUUAUUGUAUGUGUUUAACUACCCUUUAUCUUAGUGUUAUAAACUCCACUUAAAACCAAUUAAAGUCUCAUUCUUGUCA